GCAUUCAAAUUAAAUGUUACUAUUUUUAUGCUAAAAAAAAAAAACUUCGUGAAAUUAUCAUUCAUACAUGAAAGUAUACAUCGGGAAAAAAUGUCGUACAGACUCGUUAAAAUGUUGAAACAAUGUAGAAACUUCCACCUAAUAGACCGGCGUGUGUGAUGUUAAAAGAGCUCAGUUGUAAACACUGACCGGAAGAUGGCGCGGUGGACACGGAAGUAAACAACUUUAUCAGCGCUCCGAAUAUAACGUUAACGGUUGCGUCUAUAAUUAUCACGUUCAUUGUGAUAAAAAUGUUGCUUGUAAACUCCUACAUAUUAAAAACAUUUUUUACUAAAUAUACAGUUCAAUAUUUACCUCUUUUAUCACUUCAUCAAUAGGCACACAAACGCAUUAAAUAUCUUAAACCUGCUUUAGAUCCCCUUUAGAUUUUUUUUUACAUGCUAGCUCUUCAAAAUAGCAAUCCUUUAAAGAAGUAAAUUACUGGGAGACGCGUUAGGUUCGUAAAGUUUUUCCGGAAGUUGAAAGUGAGUGUUUCCGGUACGCGUGGCCGCUCCUGUGACAGCUGCUGAGCGAGACGAGCCGAGAUGAUUUCCCUCACCGACUCCCAGAAAAUUGGAAUGGGGUUAACAGGAUUUGGUGUAUUUUUUCUGUUUUUUGGGAUGAUCCUGUUUUUCGAUAAAGCUCUCCUUGCCAUAGGAAAUAUCCUUUUUGUAGUCGGCCUGGCGUUCGUGAUCGGUCUGGAGAGGACGUUCAGGUUCUUCUUCCAGAAGCACAAAAUGAAAGCCACCAGCUUCUUCCUAGGAGGCGUCUUCGUAGUGCUGAUCGGAUGGCCCAUCGUCGGAGUCAUUCUAGAGUUUUAUGGCUUCUUUCUAUUAUUCAGGGGGUUCUUUCCAGUGGUCGUAGGCUUCAUCAGGAGAAUUCCUGUGCUAGGAUACUUACUGAAUCUUCCCUUUAUCAGCGGGGCUGAGCGGACAGUCAGCCAUCUUGUAUGUGGACAAAAUGAGUGAAAGCAACAACAUGGUUUAACAGACUCUCUUUUUUUUUUUUUUUUUUUUUUUACCGCUUAUUUAUGACGGAUUUUCUAAAGCUUUACCCUAAAACAGCCACGAGGAGUGUAGAAGUCGUAUUACCGAAGCUUUAUGUUCAGGCGCGUUUCCACUGAUCUUUACGUCGGUGAGAAGCAGACCGUGCGCGUGGAAAACAAGCCACUCCUCCGUCGGCCGGCCAAAGCUAAACCCAGCAUCGCUGCGUCCCUCGACAACUGUGCCCUACUUUAGAAACACACGACUGGAGGCUACACCCUGGGAGGAGCGUCUGUUUGAAUGUGUACAAGCGACUUCUGGAAGUCUGUAUUCUGUUACAAUAAUGGCCUUGUUACAAUGUAAUUGUAUUUUGAAAAGGGAGGCGAGCUGGAUGACUCUAAUUUCUAUUCCCCCCCUUCUAUCACACCUGCUGAGACCGUGUGGUAUUUACACUUUAUUUUAGAAUUAAACGGUUACUAAUCAGACUGGCAUAUUAUGUUUAUUGUUAGAUGUUAUUAUUAUUAUUGUUGUUAUCGUUAUUAUUAUUAACUUUGAUUUUUUUCCUCUGUCUUCAAAAAUGGUGGGAUUUCAGAAUGGGUCAGCUGCCACAAACUUUUGUAAAUAGAAAUUGAAAAACUGUA